CCGGUGAAGAUAUUUUGUAUCCCCAAGAGCAAGUGCUUUCUCUUGGAGAAUAUUCAAGACCGGUGAAAUUCAUACGGUGUCUGUCGGGAGGCGAAAGUUCAGUGCAGAUUUUCAACUUGUCUUCCGGCUAAUAAAGGGGUUGAUAUUCUUAACAUUUAUCUCAAUUCUAGUCACCAUGAUUGCCCUACCUCAUAUGACAAUUCAGGACAUUGUUGUUUGCAUUCUUGCCUUCAUGCCAACUGGUUGGGGAAUGCUACAGAUUGCACAAGCAUUAAAGCCUCUAGUACGCCGAGCUGGAUUUUGGGGAUCCGUAAAAACUCUAGCUCGUGGUUAUGAGAUUGUCAUGGGUUUGCUUUUGUUUACUCCUGUUGCCUUCUUGGCUUGGUUUCCUUUUGUUUCGGAAUUUCAGACCCGUAUGUUGUUCAACCAAGCAUUCAGUCGAGGUUUGCAAAUUUCUCGUAUUCUUGGAGGUCAAAGGAAAGGGCGCUCUUCUCGCAACAAGGAAUAACUUGUCUACACAGGGCUUAAUUAUAUUAUAUGCUCUACAUUUCGUUGAUUGCAGUAACAAUUUGAGCACAAUUUUGGUAUCCUAGUUGUAUGUUGUAACUAGGAACAAUUUUGUUUAUUUGGAACAUCAAUGAAAAUUAUUUCAAUUUGACAAACUGCAUAGGAGAAUGCAAAAUUAAG